UACUUUCUCGUGCUCUGCCCACCAUGGCUUCGUUGCGAUCCGAGGCAUUCGACCCGCCGCAUGCAUCCUCAUAGUCGUCUAGAUGCCAUUGUCCAAAACUCCCUAGCGCCCCUUAGAAAAGCCUUCGUGUGCACUGGAAAGCUCCCCUCGGUGGACAAAGUCAACUCUGUGAUAGGAGAAGGUUCAAUAUGGCUUCUGCGGCUUUUGGGACGAAAAGGAGCUUCGCUUCAAUGAAUGAUGAUAGCAAUCGGUGUAGUGGAUGGGCCUGCUCUCCAUCUUCUCCAGCGCGAGAGCAGAGAUCGUCCCCUUCGAGUCUCGGGCUCCAAAGACAGAAUGGAGGGGCUGACGAGACCUAUGCUUUGAAUUCAAGUAACCGAUCCACCCCUCGAACGACUCCUACGCCUGCCCCUACGCCAAGAGAAUGCUCACGCACCUUUGAGCCAAAUGCGUCUAUUGUCCUCAUUGGUAUUCGUGGAACGGGAAAGUCUACAUUGGCAGUUAUGGCCUCUGUCGCGUGCCGACGGCGAGUAGUGGAUGUCGAAAGCCUGUUCCAGGAAGCAACCGGCUUCUCCACCGCAAAAUAUCGGAGACAGUUUGGGGCUCCCAAUCACAAUCUACGCCAGGAAGAACUUCUACGCACUGCACUUCAGACCCAUGACAAGGGAGCAAUCAUUGUAUGCAAUGGGAGCUCGUUGGAACGGAGCGGUCAGGCGCUUCUCACUGAAUACUCCAAGACGCACCCCGUUAUUCACAUCGUUCGGGAUCUGCCCAGCAUACAUGACCAUCUCAAGAUUUGGGAGCAGUCAAAGCUUCAGGAUCUUCUUACCUUCAGUGGGCCCAUUUUCCGACGUUGUUCGAACUAUGAAUUCUACAACAUGUCGGAAACUCAAGCUUCUCAUUCCGUUGCACCAGCAAACCAGUCUUCCUUGCCUCCGUUCCUCACUUUGAAACGAGCGGAGCGGACGUUUCUCAAAUUUCUCUCCUUAGUUCUAGCACAGGAGAAUUCACAUAGUAAUGUUCAAGACAAUACUCUACCACUCGAACCAGGCUAUCCGCUUUCGGAUGUUGGAACCGAGCGUAGGAAGUACACCUGUGCGGUGCAAACUCCUCUUGCGGUGCUACUUUCCGAAGAAGCUGAUAUUGAAGAUCUGGAACUUGGUUCGGAUGCGUUCGAGAUCGUAAUCGAGCACAGCAAUCUAGCCCUGGACCAACAGUCCCAAUUGGCGGGUCCAACGUUUGAAAGAGUGGAGGAAAUCAGUCGAACUAUAUCAAGAGUUCGGAGAAGCACUGUUGUUCCCAUCAUCUAUCACGUUAUGCCUACUGGCUCGGCGGCAAGUGCGGAAUCUCGAUCAACAUACCUCGAAUAUGUGCGGCAUGGAUUACGAUUGGCUCCAGAAUAUGCCACCAUCGAUCUCUCCUUGGACCAAGAUUCAAUACUUGACAUCAUCCAAUGUCGGGGCUCAACGAAAAUCAUCGGUCAUCUCCACGCCGCAAUAGACUGGUAUGAUCCCUUUUGGGUUGAGAAUUAUGAGAAAGCAAAACUUCUAGGGUGCAACGCUGUCCGGUUUACUCGGCCUGCAAACUUUAUGGAUGACAAUGCUGCAAUUCAAAGCUUCAGAAACAAGAUAUAUCAACUUGCUUCAACUAUUCCGUUGAUAUGUUUCAACACUGGUCGGUCUGGGCGUCGUUCCGCUUGUUUCAACCAAGUUCUCACUAGCGUUAUACCGGAAACUCUGAGAGAAAGCCCUCAUUUCGCAGAGCGGGCCGAAGCGAACCCAGAGACUUCAUGGAUAACUUCUCGAGAAGCUACACAUGCUUUGUAUGCAUCCUUUACAUACGAUCCGAUGGAGUUCUAUAUCAUUGGUGCUAGCGCUGGUUAUAGCUUGUCGCCGGCGAUGCAUAAUGCUGCGUAUAAAGCGUGUGGGAUGCCACAUCACUUUAAGAGACUUCAGACCCCGACUUUGAACAGUUUGCAAGAUUUGGUCCAGAACCCUCACUUUGGCGGCACUGCCGUGUCAUUGCCUUUCAAAAUCGAGGUGAUAUCGUUGACGCAUUCCAUAAGUCGACAUGCACGUGCAAUUGGGGCAGUGAACACACUUAUCCCCGUGCGUCAUUUGAAUGAAGACGGGAGUAUCCCUGAAGAACUGGACUUAUUCCACGAGCGAAAUCAAGCUGGGCCGAUCAAGGCCCUCUAUGGAGAAAAUACUGACUGGAUAGGCAUCCGGGCCUGCAUACGCCGAGGGCUGUCUCCUGCCAACGCGGUGAGACCGAAUUCCUGUGGUCUUAUCAUCGGAUCGGGGGGUAUGGGCCGAGCUGCUGUAUAUGCAAUGUUACAAUUGGGAGUCAUGAACAUUGUCAUCUUCAAUCGAACUCGUGCGAACGCCGAAAAGCUUGUCGCCCAUUUCAACCGUUUAGUCUCUUCUCCAUUAAGCUCUCCGGUACUGCCUCCAAUCACUAGGCAAGGGUCUCGGCCUUUAUUUCGAAUUCUUCAGUCUCGAGACGAUCCAUGGCCCACAGAGCUCCGAUAUCCGACCAUGAUUCUCUCCUGCAUCCCUACCCACCCAGUUGGUGAUAGUCCAGCCCCAAACUUCACUCUGCCCACGCAAUGGAUGCAGAGCCCCACCGGAGGUGUUGUUAUUGAGUUAGCCUACAGAACCCUGAAUACUCCCUUGAUGCGACAGGUGCGAGGAGAGGCCCAUCGAUCAUGGAUCUGUUUGGAUGGAUUGGAUCUUCUACCUGAGCAAGGUUUCGCACAGUUCGAAUUGUUUACUGGGAAGAGAGCUCCGCGGCGUAUCAUGCGGGAAGAAGUCUUGCGGUCGUGGACAGAUGAGCAGGGACGACCUGAUCCCGGAAUGGUUCAGGCGAGACUGGAGGCGAUUGAUGAUCAAGAGGCGUGAGACCAAAUCAC